AGUUUUGUCUCGAUAUGAUGAUCUCGAACAAAGGUCAUCAUUCACAAAUCACAACAAUCAGCGUUAUCGGCUUGAAAGUUGGUUCGUUUUGAAUGUGCAUAGUUUCGCAUUUUCUCAACUAUUUACAAAAAGCAUAGUGUUUCUCGUUUUCAUAAUUAAGUUAUUGAGUAUAUAAAUGUUAAAAUGUCCCAUCGAGCUUUGUUUGCACCGUUAAUCAUAUUAACUAUAGUGGCCGUGCACCAUUCAGUCGAAAGCACACGGAAAUUUUGGCGGGGCAAGCAGUUUUCCGUUGACGGUCCGAGUCGCCAGUGGUCGUUUCAAGGACUCGAUCAUAAUGUUCAAACACUCUGGUUUGAACAACUGUUGGAUCACAACGAUCCGACCAAUCCGGUGACCUGGAAACAACGCUACUAUGUAAACGAUAAAUUCUUCAAUUCGUCCAUCGGCAAUGGACCGGUGUUCCUUAUGAUCGGAGGGGAAGGAGAGGCCACCGCCCGUUGGAUGAAUGAAGGAGCCUGGAUUCAUUAUGCCAAGCAGUAUGGAGCUUUGUGUUUCCAACUAGAGCACCGUUUUUAUGGUAAAAGUCGUCCUACUAAGAAUCUAGCUACAAAAAACCUUUCUUAUCUCACUUCGGAACAAGCGCUUGCUGAUUUAGCUUAUUUCAUUGAGGCUAUGAAUGAAAAGUAUGAAUUGAAUGAACAAAACCUUUGGAUUGCUUUCGGAGGUUCAUACCCGGGAUCUUUGGCUGCCUGGUUAAGGGAGAAGUAUCCGCACCUGAUUCAUGGUGCCAUCAGCAGCAGUGGACCACUUUUGGCCAAGAUCGAUUUCGAAGAGUACUUUAAAGUGGUAGUCGAUUCACUCGAAGAAUAUUCAGCGCAGUGUGUUUCUGAUAUUCGAACUGCAAUAUCGCAAAUAGAAACAUUGUUGAAGCAUAUGAUUGGCCAGCGGAGCUUGAAUGAUAAGUUUAAGCUAUGUGAUCCGGUGGAGAAGUCGAUUUCAAACUCAUUGGACAUUGCAAGUCUUUUCGAGGCAAUAGCGUCGAAUUUUGCUGGCGUUGUUCAGUACAACAAGGAUAACAGUCCACAUGCAAAGAUUACCAUUGACCAGGUAUGUGACAUUAUGACUAACCAGAGUAUCGGAACACCCGUUGCUCGACUUGCAACGGUCAAUGAACUAGUUAUGAAACAAGACGGUGCAAAAUGUUUGGAUUAUGUGUAUGAUAAAACGGUCAAGCAGAUGCAAAACACAUCUUGGGACUCUGAGGUUUCCAGUGGAGCCCGUCAAUGGACUUUUCAAACUUGUAACGAAUUUGGUUUUUACCAAACAUCUAAUCAACCGGAUUCGGUUUUUGGAGAUCGUUUUCAAGUAGAUUUUUUUAUUCGUCAGUGCGUUGACAUUUAUGGGGAAAAGUUUAAUGAAAAAACACUGAAACGAGCCAUAUAUCGAACCAACACAAAUUAUGGUGCGUUGAACCCUCUGACUACCAACGUGUUAUAUGUGCAUGGUUCCAUCGAUCCAUGGCAUCGCUUAGGUCUAAUCUAUAGCAAUGAUAGCAACAUCCCCACUAUAUUUAUCAAAGGAACCGCUCACUGUGCCAAUAUGUACGAACCCAAAGAUGAUGAUUUUCCCCAACUGAAAACCGCUCGAGUCGAAAUCAACAAGUUCAUCGGCAACAAACUCAAAAGUAACUCAUUUCUAUAACAUCUAUAAUUAAAAGCCUUGCUCUCUAUUGAGGAAAAAACUCGGUAUAAAAUAGAAAUACAAUACAAUUAUAAUGUUAGCAAUAUAAAUAUAAAGCACUAAAA